AUGACACCAAUCGAGAAAUUGGCAUGGAAGAAAGCUCAGAGCUCACUGCCAUUCAACGGAGAAUGUUAUGAGAUUGCGGUGCCAUGGAAAGACGACCAACCCCAGUUGCCAACUAAUUCACCGAUGGCAAAAAAGCGACUCAAGUCAGUUGAGCAGAAGUUGUUACGAGAUAACGAAUUGGCCAGGGCAUACCAAGGUGUAAUCGAAGAUUACCUUUAUUUAUUUAUUUAUUUAUUUAGCUUCGCCUAUAAUUACACAAUCAAACAACACGUACACACAACCAUUUUUGUCCAACCCGAAAACAAGCAAACUUCAGCGCCCCUGUCUGUGUUUCAACAUGAUGGUAAAAACAAAAACAAACACCCUUGACCGCUAACCUAGGACGGUUUAAUUUUACAAUUAUAUUCAUUUUAGAAUAGCUUGAUUUUUAUAAGACCAACAUGACUUGGCAUAGACCUAGACAAAACAUAUUGAAACGCAGCAAAUACGCCCAGCCUCCACGUUUCAAGGUUGGACAAAAAGGUGACAACAACAAAAAGGCGGGGUCACCACAACAGCUUAAAACCAAUUACUGUGGGUCCUUGAAGAGUUCUCUUUAAGAUUUCUUGUUGCAAAUUUACAGUAAAUUUCAUCACCCAAAGUUGCAAUUUUAAAACGCUACAAACACGCUCCUUUCCCACCCCUCUCACAGAAAGAAAGUAUAUAUCCGUAAAGUUGUACAAGACGAGUCAGUACAGGAAACUGAGUGGUUUUUACCUCACUUUCCCGUGGUAAGACCAGAAAAAACAACUACCAAAGUUUGUGUCGUUUUUGACAGUUCGGCCACCUGCGAAGGAAAAAGUUUAAACACCGAAUCAUUGGCCGGCCCGAAGUUGCAGAGCAAUGUAUUUGACAUUCUAGUUGGCUUUCGGCAGGAAUUGGUUGUAUUAGUUGGAGACAUUAGCCAAAUGUACCACCAACUUGUGUUAUUACCAGAGGAUAGGCCGCUGCAUUGAUUUCUGUGGUGAGAUUUAGAUCAGUCGAAGGAACCGGAAGUGUACGAGUUUCUACGGUUCAUAUUUGGAGGUUGCUAUUGUCCGUUUUGUGCUCAAUGUGCUUGGCAAAUGCAUUUCCAUUGGCAGCCGCUGCAGUUCAGAAUCAUUGUUACAUGGAUGAUUUGACGCCAUCUUUGCCAAUGAUCGAAGAAGCGAAGGAAACACAACAACAAUUAUCGAAGCUUGGUGAUAAAGCAGGAUUCCAUAUUCGGAAGUGGUUAUCCAAUCGAGUCGAAGUCUUGGAGGACAUUCCAGCGAUAGAUCAAGCAUCAGAAGUCAAUUUAAACAAGUGCAUUUUCCCAGUGAAAAAGACUUUAGGCGUGCUAUGGACAGCAACGGAAGUUUGUUCUUCUUCUGAUGCUCAUCGCCUCCUGAGAAGUUCGAGUACACUAAGCGUAAUGUAUUGAAAAAGACAGCGAUGAUACACGACCCUCUUGGCUUAUUAUUGCCAUAUAUUAUUCGAGCUAAAAUGUUAAUUCAGCAAGCAUGGUUAGAAGCGAUCGAAUGGGAUGACUCAUUACCGAGUCAUCUCAUAACACAAUGGAGACAGUGGUUUAAUGAAGCUCGUGGAGUUGAGCAGAUUAAGAUUCCUAGAUGUUUGAAAUUACCGGAACAAGUCGGAACAGCAUUAACUUUGCAUGCAUUUACAGAUACCUCAGAGAAGGCGUACACAGCAACGGUUUACAGCCGGCAUGUAUCUCCUGAUGGAAGAGUGACAGUAAGGCUUGUUGCAUCGAAAACAUGA